AUGGGGACAGCUGGGGGUCCUGGCGGGAUGUUGAAGGCUUCUGUGCGGUGUUUGCAGGGUGUUGGUGUUGGAGGCCAGCACAGUGUGGCGGGAAGGGAAGCACUUCUUGGGGGAAGCUGGGGAAGUUGUUCCCUUGGACAGCACUCCAAGUCUUCCCCAUGCUUCCUCCAGGUGCCAGCCAUUGUAAGGAACAUUCACCAGCGUCUCAUGUCCCAAGUCACUGUGGAUGCCUGGCUGCAAAUUGACAUUGUGAGGCUGGCUGAAGAACACCCUGCUGACGUGGUGCUGACCCUCCUGCGCUGUGCCCCAACGUGUGACAGAGCUGCUGCAAUGAUGUGGAGAACCAUAGGCUCGUCGAGUCCCACAGUGGAAAAGGUGCUGCCAGUGCUGCUCUGUGUGAUGGAGAACUGGCCUCUGCACAGCAUCUUUACCUCUGAUGGGGAUGGCACAGAUGUCUUUGCCCUGGCUGCAACUCUGGUGCUCUGGGUGAUUCUCCAGGUGCCUGAGUGCCACGAGGCAAUGAAUCUUUAUUCCCCCCGCCUGUUUGUGGCUCUGCUCUUCCAUGCUGUUGCCACCACACAGGAGAUCCCACCAGAGGAAGUUGCUGCAUUCUGGAGAGCAUGCUGGCAGGAACACCGCCUUGACAGCAGGCUCAGGAGGUUUGUAGUGCGGGCCAUGAAGGCUCUGCUCUGCCGACUGCAGUGGGACCAUGUGCUGGUGGCUAUGGAGCGCAAGCGUGGCUGGGACACGAUGAUGCGUGCUAUCACCCAGGAAUAUGGUUUGGGUCUGCUGGCCAGGGAGAUGUGGCGUGUCUCGAUCCCUUUGUGUUCUCACACCGCACUCCACUUGCUCUGGCACCUCAGCAAGGAGAAGCCAUGCUAUGAUCUGAUCUUCCUGACAGUCCUGGUGGAGGUUCUCGAGUGCCUGGACUUGAGUAAAUGUCGUGGCAGCGCUCUGAAGACCAUGGCAAAGUACCUCUGGAGUGAAUGCUGUCACAGGCAUUACCUGGCGCUCCGAGGCCUCGCGGUGCUCACCAAGGAUACUUGGAUGGCCAGAAGAAUGUACCCUCUAUCUAAAAGGCUUCUGGAGCUUCUGGGGGCUCCAGAUGUAGAGGUGGUCAGCAUGAGCCUCUGUGUGUUCAUGAAUGUGCUCCAGCACCAAGACAUCCUGGUGUCCAGCACCACUGCCCCGAAGCUGACUGAGGCACUCCUGCUGCUCUUUGACCACGUAAGGUUCUGCAUCCUGAGCCACAGGCAUCGGCUGCUUCCCAGAAACUUUGUGCCCUGUGGAUUUUCAGGCCUUUGCCCAGCCCUUGAAGCCAUGAGCGAAGAUGACAGCCCAUCCUCCACUCUCCUGGAAAUCCAGACAAUGUUUGGACAAAGAUGUGCAGAACUAAGGUCAUCUGCUGGAUUCAGAGAACCAGGGUCCCAAGCAGAGUACCAGGAGACAGUGAAGAGAGCACCAGGACUCCAUGUCACCAGAGCUCCAGGCACACCUGAUGCUGGCCACAGCUGUGCCUGCUUCCAGCUCCCAUAGCUGCUGCCUUCCCCCUCCCUGUUGACAGCUCCCUCCCUGCAACCCUCAGACCCUGCCCAUCCCCUCUUUUUGCCCCCAUCUCAUCCCUUCCCUUUCCCUUCCAUUAAUAAACAGUUUGGUUUCUCCCCGUUACCUGCAUCUCUGUGGAGCUGAAGCAGCGCAAAUCCCAGGCCCUGGGACACACAGGCCCCUGCUGCUGUUCUCUU